CAGUGCACAAGUCUGUGUUCAGUGCUGGAGUUUGAACAACAGCAUGCAGCACCAAACUUACCAACCAGUGCUGCCCUGCAUCAACAAAUACUUGCAAUACAAAUGGGAUAAAAGCUGCUAUGAAAUGCACAGGAAACGGGUUCAGUCUGCGAAGGCAACUAUAAACACUACUCCACCUUUGGUCUAUGGCCACCUUCUUGUCAAGAGGAAAAAACAGACGCUUCAAGAAGAGCGGCUUUCAACAAUCCAAAGAGAAAAUCACAUGCUUCUCGAUAAAAUAUCCCAUAUAAUGAGGACAACUGGACGAAUCGACUGUAGAAAUGAUUAUGUGAAAAAAAGUCUUUGUUCAGACAAAAGACAACGGGAUCUGCUCCAGAUUGUCAAGGAAAACCAGCAGAUUUUCCGACGUUUAUCCCAGUGCACGCCCCUCUAUAGUGUCCAGCUGUGGCAGGAACAGUGGCUGGACACCCUCAAUCUGAUGGAGAGCAUCGGACGCUUCCCACGCUUGAACAGCACUCAGACAUCUUCAGGUGGUUCCCCUCAGAGGCAAGUGGCCUUGUCUAAAGAGAAGGCUGCCAAAAAGUCCAAGAUGUCUACACAAGAAGAUUCCCUAAGCAUGGAAAAGCAAGCGUUGGAAUGUGAGAGAGGAGAAAAGAAGAGGCAGAAAGAAUCUGAGGACAAAUCUGAAUCAGAGGAUGAUCUGACCAAAGUGAAUGAGUGACUAAAUGUUGUGCUAUCACACACACAUUUUCUAACGUUGUAAUU